AUGGCGAGCUGGGUCGCUCUGAACGUUGAGCCCGACGAUGCCGUCGAAGAGGAGGUCGACGAUACCAAGGAACUGCAGAUCGAAGAGGCUCUGAAGCUAUAUCAGAAUGCUUUGAAACUUCAUGCACAAGGCCCUGACUUCUACCCACAAGCUGCGGAAGCCUAUGAAGCUCUUCUCGGCUCGGAGAUCUUUAAAUACCCUGAAUCCAUUUCGGACUUCAAGCAGGCAGCGCAGCUAGAUGCGCAAAGCGUUGGACCUGUCGACGAAACCCCUAGCGACUCGGUCGCCUUCAAUGUCAACGACUCCACAUCGAGUCUUUUCCAGACGCUCUAUCUCUCCUAUAAGAAUUACGGCAAAUACCUGCUCGACUCCCUCGAAGACACUUUACGGCAUGCGGGCCAGGAAAAUGCACAGGACGCACCACAAAAGAUAAAAAGGGCCACCAAGGAAGCUAUAGGAUCAUUUGCGGAUGCCCUUGAGCGGGAUGAUACCGAUCUCAAUCUUUGGAGACAAAGCGCACGGCUCAGCAGUGCCCUGGAAAGCUACCGCCUUAACCGAUUCUGCUUGGAGAGUGUCCUGGCAGAUGACGACAAUCGUCUAGAGACACGGUCAGAACAACUCGGUAUCGAGGAGAUCUUUUCUGAGGAACGCCUACGAAGCACCCUCACGUCUCUUUUCGAUGGACUAUCUGCAUCCCUAAUUCCCGUGAAGAAACCGAAGAAAGCCCUCGUGAAAUAUCUCAAGCAACAUGAAGACUUAUAUCCCUACCUACCCAAUCUUCCAGCUGAUCUGGAGUCGCUUGAUCCGUCUAAAGGCCCCCUUGCGAUAUCCGCUUCACGACGGGAGAUAACUCCGUCCAUUUCGACAUGGGAGGCAGUUGGGAAAGCUAUCCGUCAAGCACUUGAUGAUGAGGAUGAAAAAUCCUCGGCUGCCGCUCUAAGUCAGUCCAUUCGGAUAAACUUACCGCGGAGUGGAUUGGAAGCGGCCGAAUCUAUAGAAAUGGAUGACGCAGAAAAAGGACCUGAACUUGAUAGCGGCGAAACGGAAGUCAAGGAUGAAGAUGUGGACAUGGUGCAAGUACAUGAGCCGGCCACGGAGCCCGACAAGCCCGCCAAGGACAUUACUGAACAACCUCUGGAGGCACCCGGAGAACAAUCCUCCAUUGACCAGAGUGCUGAAAAGCAGCUCAGGGAGUCAUUAGAGGGGCUUUCCGCUGUGCAGCCUCCCGAAAGUCAAGCUGCUGAAGACGAUGGCGAUGCUGACGAGAACGAACCCAAAUCUCCAUCUGGAACUCGUAAACGAUCAUCAACAUCAGCUGCAAAUGACGAGCAUCUAGAGGGAGGUAGAAUGAAAAGUCGCCGAACGCGAGCGCGUGAGUCAAACGCGGAUGCAUUGGUCGUCCCGGAAGAGAUUGCUUUCGAUCAAGAAAAAUACUACGAAAGUCGCUUGGAGAUAUUCGUCAAUGCAGAUGACUGGAUGUUCAACACGGUCAGCCCUCUAUAUUCCAAAGUUGGCAUCGAAGCACUAGGAAGCAUCCAAGAUCUGAGAAAAAAGACAGCAGCUGCGAUCGAUACCGAUGUAACCCCUCAGGAGCCGGAGUCGAGACUACUCAAUGACCUACGAGGCAUCCUCAAGGGUUGGAAUGACGCUAAGUCACGCUUGAUGCAACAAAAAGACGACCUUUCAUCUUUGAAGGAUAUUCGAGGAACCAGCAAGUCUGGCCUGGCAGUCUUCCUAGAGCAUUCAAGGAUUUCGACUCGCAAGCAGCUAUUUCAUGAAGAAUUGCCUUCUGGAGAUCAAUUGAACGCCUUCUCAGAUUCAGUCAAUAACGAGUGGUUGCAUCCGCAUGAGACGUCAUUUGAAUGGCUCAAGCGUUUACUCAUGCCAGAAUUUGGAGACAAUGCCUCGCAGUGGCCGGUCAUGAAGUCGACGUACGAGUGUUUCCUAUGGCCCAGUGGGCUGAAAGAGACUGUCCUGGAUCUCUUGGUUCGAGAGGACGAAUUUCUCUAUUCCCGGCUGGACGAGCUUGUUGCAAAUCUUGAAAGUCGCGUUCUGAAGUCGAAUGAUGAAGCACCUUUUCAUUACAAGAUCAGCUAUUUCUUUGAGCUGGACAUGAUCCAGUCCAUCUACGAGCUUCAUUUGGACAUCUUUGCCUCCGUUGAGAACCUAAGCAGUGAUGUUAGCCAAGAGAAAAGAUUAGCACAAUGUGAUCGCUUGGCCAGAUGGGGAAUGCUCGCCAGGUCUUCUCUGGAUCACUUCAUUGUUCACUGCCCGUCCGAUGAAUGCCGACAAAACCUUGCUCUUCGCCAUCUAUGGACAUCGACAUUCCAUCUCAACCUUGCUGGCGAGUCUCAGCGCGAGCACAUUUUGCUUUGUCUUCAAGAUUUAAAACUCAUUCUGCAAUCGAUCGGUGACCCGAUCAUUAACCUUGUGAAUAAUUCUGCUCUUUUUGAGAUUUCUGCAGCUACUAUCGAUCAAGAAGUGCUGAAGCUCAAGUGCAUGGAUUUCUUUGCCAAGGUUUUCAACUCCGAAUCUGAAGAUCCAGUAUCCUUGAUUGAAGCAAUUGAGCCUAUCCUUGAGCCCUCCUGCAUUGAAUAUGCGGAAGGCUCAUCGGAAAAGAAUGACCUACAUGGCCCAUCCUCACAUCUUGGCGAGAUGGCUUCCUUCCUUGACCGUGGAGACGCUACCCUACGCUUGUUCCUCUGGCGAAGACUACAAGAAGCAUACCAAGCCAUCGACUAUCCUCCUAAGGUCGUGUCCUGCUACCUUCGAAGUAUGGAAACCAUCAUGACAGAACUUGAAGACGCAAAGCACAUUGAGGAAACUGACGGACAGCGACAGCUUUCCUUGCUAGGCUGGCUUAAGUCACUCGAUGGAAUCUUGGCCAAGGCUGUUCCCUCGUUCUUCAACAGGCAGAACAGGCCUAUCAGUCAAAUCUCUGGACGUGAGUUUCGUGGAACUCUGGCCAAGUCGUUAGAGAAUUUCAAGGAAAGAAUGCGAGAACUAUAUGUUCGCUGCUGGAUUCUCCAAUAUACCCUGUUUGUCGAAGCGAUUUCUCAAAACAAAGAUCUCUUUGACGAACCUUUGGAAGAUCGCAUUCAGCUACUUCGCUGUGUGCAUAAUGCGCUUGGCAUUCGUUCCAUGUGCAGAUACUCACAAAAGCGUUUCUUGAAGCUCAUCAAAUCAGAGCUAUUAGAUCUGGAGACGCAGGGAGACUAUGAACUCGACGUCUGCCAAGUUCUCUUCGACCUCCAUGGUAUCAAAUUCUCGCCGUUCGACGGGACUGCGGAUCAUGGUUGCUCCCCUGAGAAACUGGAUCGCCCUACAGCCAUCAUGAUGAUCGAUUUCGUUAUGAGACAGGCACAGAAGAUGAACAUGAAGGACCUAUCAAAGUCCGACUUGAAGACGACUAUUGAGAAAAUGCAGCAAGCGAUUGGCCCCGCAAAGCUUCCAUCACAAUCACCGCAAAUGAGCUUCAAUCGCCGAGUGUUUAAUGCCUACAUCAAGGCUCCGGUUAAUCCCUCAAAUCUUCUUCGCGCCGUUCAGGGAGUAACAGACCUUUCAAUGAUGACCGUGCCUGGCGAAAACGCACACAUUGCGGCGAAGGGCUGGUAUUUCCUACUCGGUCAUGCCGCGCUUACCAAGUUCAAAUCUCAAAAACGGCUUGGUCCAGGAUCAACCUCGGAACUUGAUGAUGCUGUCAAUUUCUUCAGACAAGAUCUAGACCAUGGAACUGGAAGAUGGGAAACCUGGUACAGGCUCGCGCAGGCAUAUGAUGCUAAGUUGGAAGAGGACAUUACCUGGGCUGCGGACAAGAUAAACAACAAUCGUAGUGACCUGGCAACCAUUCAACGAUAUGCAAUUCAUUGUUAUGCAAUGGCGGUAUCCACAGCCAUCAGAACCGCUGAGCCAACGACAGAAACUCGAUCGCUUUUAUCGGAUCUGUACACCGAUUUCGGCAUUCGCAUGUACUCGUCUUCUCGGGAACCGCUUUCGAUGGGUGCAUUUGGCCUUGUCGAUUUCUCGCGGCACUUCAGCAACGCCGAGAGCCAGCAGAUGUACAAAAGCCAGCCAUUCAAAGAGAUGUCUCUGUACUCGGUCUGGAACUUUGCCAGCAAUCUUCUCCGCAGGGCAAUCUCCGAUAAACCUAAUCGCUGGAUAACGCAGUACUUCCUGAGCAAAUGCCUCUGGAAGAUGUUCAAUUCCGACGACUCGAAACGGACGACUUCAAAGCGGGUCGAAAUGCGAGAUGUGAUAGACGCUCUUCUUGAUUCCAUCGCAGCCCUUCCCCAACGGAGAGAUUCCCGUUCUGACCCAAUUUUCGAGCCCCAUUACAAGCUUUUGUCUGUGGUUCAUAAGCUAGUCGUGAGCGGAAAGAUGACACCCGUUGAGGGAGCCAAAGUCCUUCUAGCGACUCCAUGGGCCCGCAAAGUAGAUGCUCCUGAUAGCAUCGAAGGAUGGAAACCCUAUAUCCUUGAGGUCAUCAAGAAGUUCAAGAGCGCUGACAAGUCAAAUUGGCAUCAUCGGAUGAGCGCCAAGGCCGCCCAUGUCAUUUAUGAUGAUCAGAAAGAUGCACCAGCCGCUGUCGCCGCGAAACAAGAGCUGUCUCAGAUUUUCACCAAAACACUCACUAUCCAAGUGUGGCGCCCUGAGUACGAACGUCCCGGGAGGCACUUCGUCUACACGACUCGCUACGUGUACUUCUUCGUCGGUCUCCUCGACGAACUCGACGAUCGUACAAGUCUAGAUCAAUUGCUUCGACGCGUGAGGAAGAAACAAGGCGAUUUCAUCAAUCACACCAAGUUAUGGGAGGAUGUUUGCUUGACUUACGCUAAAAUGAUUCGCAGAGCUGCGCACAUCAAAGAGGGACACGAGGAAGGUGUCUUCAGGCCGAUUGGCUGGGAAGAAUUUUCCACCAAGACUGCUCGACUGGAGAGCCUGGCUCAACUUGUGACAGAGAGUCAACCCCUCCUCGAGCUGAUUCGCGAUUCUCUGGAGCUAAAGAAGCUCAACAACAACUUGAUGAAGGUCACCAUGUUUGAAGAUCUUGUCGCGGAUCUGUCAACGAGGAAAAUAGAGGAAAAGAUGAAGGUCGAUCAUCUCCUCAUGGGAGGCGAUGCCACCACUGAGGCAUCAACGCCAGCAAGCCCUGCCCCAGCUGCGGACACUCCAGCUCCGCGCGGGCGUACCAAGGGUAUUGCUCGCCGAGACAUCCAGAAACGAGCUGAUACAAUUGUCAAUCUGAAGCUGGGACCUCGUACCACAGCCAAAUUUGCCACUGCAACAGAGCCCGACCAGCCCACACCACGAAGACCUAGCGUGACAGCUACAUCAGGGCCCACUUCUGUUCUUCAGGAGUCAGGAACACAAGCAUCAGCCACAGAAAACAACGAUACUGCACGGCCAAGCGAACGCAAUGACGCACAGGACAGUGACGACGAAGGCGACGAUGAGUCCAAGCCGAAGAAUUAUACCGGAGGAAACUUAAUGUUCCCAACAUUGAACAAAGACGUCUCGGGCACUGGCGACACCGAGGAUGACGGUGCUGGUAGUGGUGACGAAGGGGGCGACGAGGCUGAGGGAGAAGAAGGAGACGAAGAGGGGGACGAAGACGACGACGGCAACGAGAAUGGCGAGGGCGAAGGCGCCACGGAGGCAGAGAUUGGUGGUGAAGAACCACAAGAAGACGAAGAUGGCGGUGACGAUGAGAUGCAAGAUGACGAUGGUGAAAAUAAUGAUGACACAGAAGACCGAGCUCCUGCCGAUGAGUCUGCUGCGCCGAAAGAUGAGUAUGUUGAGAAGCCGGACGCCAUGGAUGUCACAUCUGCAUGA